CAAAGCUUCUACCCUGCCAUGGGAUUAAUGAACAUCAGAAGAUCUUCAUGAUGAAAUUAUUGUUGAUUCAUGAUUCAUCAACCCUCCGAUGUUUGAAGAUGUGAAAAGCUCAAAGAAGAGCGUGACUGCAUGCGACUCCCAUGUGGCCCAUUUGGCUCCAAGCAGGGGUCACAAGAUGCACAGUAGAAGACAUUGGUGUUUCAUGUGACUCCAGCUCAAGUCCAGGAUGUCCGGGGCCCACGGGCUGGCCCAAUGACGCUAAAGGCGUUCUCACAAGGUCGGCCGAAAAAUCCGCUGCCACCUGUGGAAGAUCCGCCACAGCUGGCACUCUCAAUCUCAGUCUCCGAAGAAUCGGCAAAGAUGGAGGGAAAAGAAGGCAAGAUAGAAGCCUUCUUGGCCCAGGCAAGGAAGACCCUGGCGCCCUACUGCCGGCACAUUGUUCACAAUAGGUAUUUUCAACUUGCCAUGUUUGUCGCGCUGCUUUUAGCGCUCUUCUUGCCGGACAUGUGGGUCAUCACCAACCGACCCAACAACAGCGACCUGGAUGUGCUCCUGACUUUGGUGGGCGUGAUGUUCAUUUUCGAGCUUUUGGUGCAAUCCAUUGGCAUGUACAAGAGUUACUUGUACUCCUUCUUCUUUUGGAUGGAUUUGUGUGGUGCUGGCUCUUUGCUGCUAGACCUCUCGUAUGUCAUGCAGUCCGACCAGGAGGUCGGUACUGAAACCGUCUCCAACAAUGCCAUCAUCAUGCGUGCGGCCCGCGUGGCCAAGUUGGGCGCUCGCGCUGGGCGCUUCACCAAACUGGCCAAGUUGUUGAGGUUCCUGCCUGGCAUGGGCAAUGUGGACGACGGUGCUGGCACUGCCAAACUGAUUUCAUCCAAGUUGAUCACCGCCUUGUCGACGAGAACGAGCUGCCUCAUCAUUUUGCUGGUGAUUAUCAUGCCGCUCUUCAAUCUUUGGGCCUAUCCCGAGGAGGACUGGUCUCCAAACUCCUUCGUCAAGAUUUUGGAGGCGUGCUAUGUGCGCUACCCUUCACGGUUUUCGCUUCAACUGGAUGAGUUGACAGCCUUCUAUGCACAGAAGUCCUACCAGCCAUGGAGAAUCUCUGCCAGGGACGAUGUGCAGCCUCCAGUGCAGGUUGCAGCUGCGCUGCCUAGGACAUUUCCUGCGCUCACACCUUUGCGGAUGAGCAACAACAUGGUGUUUGUUGGAAAUUAUUUGAAGGUCGAGUUCAACUUCGCGUCGCCAAACCAGCUGGAUGCGUGGAUGAACGUCGUGCUGCUGCUCUUGGUGAUGGUCUUGAUGAUCACCUUCUCGCUGAUCCUUUCGCAGUCAGUCUCCAACAUCGUUCUAAAGCCUUUGGAGCAGCUUCUGACGCAGGUUCGACAGAUGGCAUCCACCAUUUUCCAGUCCGUCACCGACAUGGAGGUGGUCAUGAAGGAGGACGCCCAUGACGACCGUUCCGAUCAGGAGGAGAGUGUGGAAGAUACCAACAAAUUUGGGAAUGAGACGCAACUCCUGGCCAAGGUCGUGCAGAAGUUGGCCGUCAUCAGUGAGAUCACGAUGAAUAAGCCAGUCUUGGACGCACAAACCUUGCAGAAUCUCGCUGAGGGCGAUCGUGCGGUGAUCUCUGGCUUCCAGGGUACCACGCAGGAUACUGAGUUCGCAGACCGGGGAGAGGAAGUGGAAAAUGUCCUCGACAUGGAGGCGAUCGAAUUGGCCCAGCGUGCCAUGGUGGAAAAUGCUGGGCUGUCCAUGGAUCUCCUCGACUCGUGGAACAUCAACCCUUUGGAGUUGGACAAAGCGAGGAACCAUGUGGCAGCCAUGUACUUCUGCAGCUCCCACAACCAUGGCGUGGAGUUCGAUUCGGUGGUCAUGGGCAACUUCCUGAGUGAUGCAGAGAGCGGCUAUGUGAAGUCUGCCCCGUACCACAAUUGGUUCCAUGCUGUGGAUUGUACACAUGCAGUCUGGCGCUUGCUGGGCCUUUGCGCUGCGGAUGUCUACCUCAAUCGUGAAGAAAGGUAUGCGGUGCUGGUGAGUGCGGUAUGCCAUGACAUUGGCCAUCCAGGUCUCAACAAUGGCUUUCUCAUAGAGACAUCGCAUGAGCUAGCACUGCGCUACAAUGACAAAUCGCCACUCGAAAACAUGCACUGUUCAAGGAUGUUCGAGCUGGUUGGCCAGGCCAGAUGCAACAUUUUCUCGACCUUGUCGAAGACACAGUACCAUGAGGUUCGGAAGGUCUGUGUGGAGGCGAUUCUUCACACAGACAAUGCACAGCAUUUCUCCAUGAUCAAAGACGUGCAGAUGCUCUACGAGGUGAGUGCAGACAUUUGGGAUGCAUCGAGACAGCUCUUCCUUCAAGAGGAUGAUCCAAGCCUGGCUCAAGAGGCGGUCGAUGCCUUGCGGGUGCCCGACAAUCGGAAGCUGAUGGUGAACCUGAUCCUUCAUACUUCAGACAUCUCCAAUUCGAUGAAGCCCUUCCGCAUCAGUCGAAUCUGGGCCUGGCAAGUCUUGGAAGAGUUCUUCCUGCAAGGCGAUGCAGAAGCAAGAAUCGGAGUGCCAGUCCAAGCGCUCAAUGACCGCAACACCGUGAACCGGCCCUUCUCUCAGGUUGGCUUCAUUGAGUUCUUGGUCUCUCCACUGAUCUUUGCCGCCAUGAGAAUCCUUCCAGCGACUGAGCAUCUGGCGGUGCAGAUGCUGAUGAAUGCCAGGUCAUGGCAGAAGCAGUGGGAAAAUGAGGGGAAGGUCCCACCAUCGGACCAUGACAAGAAGCUCCUGAACGAGCGAAUCAUCAAGAUGGAGAACAAAUUCCGAAGCUGCCAGGCUGGCAAGAGUGCGCCCGAGAAGCUGGACCGAUGAGUUCGGCCAAAGCCGGCACAUGGCUCCAGGCCUUCACGGCCCCGAGGGGGCCGGGUUUCACCUGCGCGCUGAUGCGGCACACCUCGCGAACGGCAAGGCGUCCGGAAGCCUGGAGGUCUUGCCGUGGGGUUGAAACUC